GCUGCUGCGGGGGCAGCGUGGGGAGCCGGUUGUGAGGAGCCUGUGGGGCUGUAGGGGCCUUGUCCUGCAGGGCAGGGCUGUAGGAGGCUGGGGUUUGAACCGGGCGGUAGGGCCUGCUCUGCUGUCCCGGAAUCUGUAAUGGAACCCGCGCAUGGACCUACGAGUGUUGGGAGUUACAAACAGUGAAAAGGCUAUUUAAGGUUUUUAAAAAGUAAUUAGCUUAGGGAAUCUCGGUGAUGUAAUAUACUGGCUGUUUGGGGUGGUUCUUCAUGUUCUGUAAUGGUGGGGCUUAAGGCCUGUGUUUGAAGAACCCAUGCAGUCAACCCUCUGUCUGAUUUCCCCCUUUCCUACCCCGAGCGUCACCCCUGAGGGCAGGUGCUGCUUGGAAGCUUCCCUCCCUGAGUCUGGCCUGUCUGUCACCCUUGGACACAGCAGAGAAUUAACCCGGAGAAGACCGAUGUGGAGGGAACACUGUUUGUUUACACAAGAUCGGCUUCUCCAAGGCAUGGAUUCACAAUUAUGAACAGACUAAGCAUGGAAAAUCGAACAGAACCUAUUACUAAAGACCUUGAUUUCCAGCUGCAGGACCCUUUUUUACUGUACAGAAAUGCCAGAUUGUCCAUAUAUGGGAUUUGGUUUUAUGAUAAGGAAGAAUGCCAAAGAAUUGCAGAGCUCAUGAAAAACCUAACUCAGCAGGAGCAAUUCAAAGCACAGCAGGGCACAGCAACAGGACUGUCCCCAAUGAUUAUGAAUUCUGCAAAUAACAAAGAGGUGGAUAUCCUACGGAUGCUUACCAAGGCCAAAGAUGAGUAUACCAAGUGUAAGACCUGCUCAGAGCCAAAACAAAUAACCAGUUCCUCUGCAAUCUAUAACAACCCCAACCUAAUAAAACCAAUUCCAGUGAAGCCUAGUGAAAAUCAGCAUCAACGAAUACCUCAGCAAAGCAAGAAUGUGGAUCCUGAACCACAGCACUUGUCUUUGACAGCACUGUUUGGGAAACAAGAAAAGCCAGAUGUCUCAGAGCCACUUACUAAACAGCAUCAAGAGAAUCUUCCUGUUAGGCAGGGUGUGGUACGUUCACUGUCCUACGAAGAACCUAGCAGGCUUUCUCCCUCUGCAGAGAAGCAGCUUUGCCCUGCCAUUCAGAAGCUUAUGGUACGUGGGACAGACCUUCAUCCGCUUGCUGAAUUUCCUGAGAACCGGCUCUGUGAAAAUGGCAAUAUCCACCCUGUGGGUGAGACUUUCACAGGACUCUUCCAGCCUGUGACUUCUCAUGGUAUUGCAACAUCUCAUGUAGUUCAGGAGACUGCUGGCACUCAGAGCUUAUUACAGAAAUUACAGGGUCAGUCAGGGUCAGUGACUAAAAUGGAGCCCAGUGCAACAGGAUCUGUGAACUCGACAGCUUCUGUGUUCAGCAGGACUCCUGCUGCUGUUGGAGCACCAGCAGCACCGGUGAACACAAUGAGCCAGCCACCUUUGGUGUAUUUCAAUGGUUCCCUACCAGGCCAGACUUUAGAGUCUCAAACACUUGGUAAAGAACAAUCCAAACUUCCUAGACAGCCACUUUCUCUCACUGGCAGUCAAACAGCCAAUUCUGGAGUGAUCUCACCUCAAGAGUUACUGAAAAAACUCCAAAUAGUGCAACAAGAACAGUUACAUGUGUCCAGCAGACCAACUUUGGCAGCUAAGUUUCCAGUUGUCACUCAGAAUACCAAUACACUGAAACCACUGGAUUCCUGGAUAGAAAAAGCACCGAGUACAGAAAAGCAGAGCUCUCUCUUUCAGGUAAUCUCACCCCAACGCAUUCCUGCCACUCUGACUCCUACCUUGUUGAUGUCCCCCAUGGUGUUCACUCAGUCCACACCUGCUCCACCAAAAGCAAAUGAAAGUGGGAGGCUAACAGCAGCAAACCAAGAACCUGCUGCUAGCUCAGCCAGCCUUCUCCUGCCCAUGCAAACCCCAGAGCCAUCUGUGGUCAACAGCAACUCAGUGACAAAGAUGCAGCUGCAGGAAACACUUUUACACCUGAUCCAGAAUGAUGACAACUUCUUAAAUAUUAUUUAUGAAGCAUAUCUCAUCAGUGUGAGAAAGGCAGCAAUGAGAAAGUCCAUGUGAAAGAUGAUUUGAAAUUCAUUUUCUAUUGCCCCCUGGACUUCAGGAAAAAGCUUUUGAAUUUUUCAAGUACGUUUACAUUUGAAGAAGUGGGUGGUCUUGGGCAUUUUUUGCAUACACGUAGAUUCUGCUUGUGGGCAAGUACAUGCUGUACUGAGAAAGAAGUGGGUGGAAAUGGAUUGUGCCUUUAGGGAGGGGAGUGUCAUGAUACCGAAGACUUAAUCACAGAAUAUGGUAAAUUAUUUUUCUUAUAUUGGUCCGUACUUCAAAUUGGUUUCCCAGCAUAAGGACUGAGUUCUCAGAAUUCAGUUUCCUUUUUGACUUGCGGUGUUGUUAUUCAUCGACGAGGUAUUUUCUCGUGGAUUUUCUCUGAGACGUGUCGUAUGCAGCUGUACCGAUGAACGUGCCCAGCUCUGACCACCUGGUGGCAAUGUUGGACUGUUUUUCGAAACGUGAAAAUCCGGGUGAACUGUUGGAAAGUCUUGGGAACACUGAGCUAUCAUCGUACUUAGUUGUCUGCAAAGCAGUUUAGGUUAAAUGUCAUGACUUACCCCCAAAUUUUUGUAGGAAAAUCUUUUUCUAUUUUAACAAGAAUAUUUUUAGCUAGCUGUAGAAAUGGGACUCUGCAGGUGUUUUGAAGAA